AUGUUGCAACGAUUUCAGCAAGUACCGUCUGUUUCUGACUGUUAUCCGUCAAUACAGCAUCGACUACAACAGCUGCCGUCAUCAUCAUCUUCAGGAUUUCGUCCAAUUUUACAAAAGCAAUCAUAUCAAGAACGACAACUACAAUCAUCAGCACCUAAAAUAUCCUCGCCGAUAACAAACAAGGAAAAAACUAAAGAAUCACGACCACAGGCAUCAUCCCUUUUAUCUUAUAUAGCUCAAAUAGUAACUCCAGAAGUACGCCCAGAGCCUCCGGCAUCAUGUACAGUGAGCCAACGAUCACAAAGAUAUCCUUACAACUCUCCACCACAAACAUCAGCGGCAUCUUCUACAGUUAAUGCAAGAAGAUCGCAACAGCAACAACAUCGUCGCGAACCACGAGCGAAGCCAUCAUCGUCUUCCGCGCUUCGUCAACAGCAACCAUUACGACGACAUUCGAGAUAA